AAAUCCGGACGGAUGGCAGCCCUGUGAUAACCUCUCAAUCGUUUAGUAUAUCAGGAGGCAAACAACAACAAUCACAGGGCGUGGUGUCUCUCAUCCUCACCGAGCUGUGAAAUUGAUUAGACAUGCGGCUAACGGGGCGCGCUUCAGAGCUACUUGCUAUUCCAGUCUGCCCCACGCCUCGACACAGAAACGUCCUACAGUACCUAACUGUUUACUCUCGUCUCUUUACGACCAGUUUGCUCCUUGCGAAAGACACUAUCUAAUCUCUACUAAUAAACCAAAGGACAAGUUUAUCACAAAAAAUUGAGCAACAAGCAAACAAGCGGCGAAAGAAUUCACUGUGCGUAGGGUUUCUAAAAACGUUAUCGCAUCCUGAUAUAAAACACAAUAACAACAGUUCUCGAGUCAGUCAACAACGGUGCCUUCUCUGCGGCGGUCAAAAAUGAGACGUGCCGUUUUUUUGUUAACUUUUUGCUGUUACUCGUUAGCGAAGAACUGCGAUGAGAGAUCCGUUACCGCGUACUACAAAAAGCCUAUUUAUGAGUUCUCAACCGGACUUUUGGACAGAGUUUCCCAAGAAACUGAUGGACACUUCGUCUGUUCACCGAUAAAUCCGUGGCUGCAGCUCGUGAACCUCGCACAUGGAGCCCGCGGAGCUACCCUCAAGCAAAUCUGGAAGGUGACCGGACAUGGGAAGCCCUGUAUGCAACGGACUUUGAGAAAAACCCUCAACAGCUUAUACGGGGAAGUGAAGGACUAUAAAAGCCAAAGUUUAGUGAUAGUGGAUAAAUAUUUAGCAGUGAAAAAGAAUUUUAAAAGAAGAGUUGAAAAAUCAAAAACAGUUAAAGUGGCAUCGCUAGACAGGGAUACUCCUUAUGAGUCUGCAGAUCAAGCCAGUGAGAUUAUAGAAAGAGCUACUGGUGUCGGAAAUAGUAUAGACCCGUUCGAGUUUAGGCUGACUUCUCUGAUGUUGGCUGAUGUGGCAACAUUCAAAGCUACUUGGCGGCAACCUUUCGAUCCUGGUUUCACCGCUCGAGAGCCUUUCUAUCACGGCAGCGUGAAAGUGGGCGAAGUCAAUAUGAUGUCCAGCAUAGGAUACUUCAACUACAUUAACUUGACAGCCAUUAAUGCCGAAGUUUUAGAACUUCCAUGCAUUGACGAAAGGCGUUCUAUGCUCAUAUUUCUGCCCACAAACGGGACUAUCAAAGAUUUAUUUUUCCACAUGAAACGAAUAAGGAUAGCGACUAUCUUCAACCUUUUUAAGAAAUCUAAAAGCAAACUGGUCGUCUUAAGAUUGCCUAGGUUUAAGAUCAGCAGUGAAAUAGUGAAUUUACCUGAGCUGAUCAGCGAUAUGGGUGUGAAAUAUAUUUUUAAGUCUAAUGGUAAUCUUAAAGGUAUAAGUGAUUUUCCGAUACGAGUGAAUAGAAUGAAGCAAGUGGUGGAGAUAGAAGUGACGGAGGAGGGUGUGGCGGCUGAGAUAGUUCAAAAUCUAAUUGAUCCGGAAGUGGAACCGAUUAAGUUUGAGGCGGAUAGACCGUUUGCCUUUAUGUUGGUAGAUAAACCGACAGAAAUCGUAUUAUUUGCUGGAGUGUACUCUAUUCCUUCAGUGUUCUAAUUAUACAUAGUUGUUUAUGUGACUGCUACAUAAUGAAAGUUUCAUAAAAACAUCACACGGCAGUUUUAAUGUCUAAUGAUUCUAAUUAUGUACAGGUUACAUACACUGCUUCAUCUAUACACAAUAUUAUAAGCUGUCUAUAAUGCAUUGUGGAACCGCAUGUUACGACCACCAUUACGGCAUUUUGAUCACACAGUUUGCAAUUGACAUUUCAUCUAUCGUCAUCUCGACUGAUACUAGUAAUGAGGUAAAAUCAUUCCUUUGAUUUUCAGAGAUGUUCGAGAGUGUGAUAUCGACGUUAUUAUUAUGCAAUACGAAAUUUGCGAUUUUUGAACAGAUCAUAGAGGGAUUAUGAUAAGUGUGUAGAUAAAAUAAUUCAAGUGUGACUUUCGAGUGUGUUACAAUGGCACGUUAAUUUCCUAGUCGUGUGUAGUGAAGUAAAUGUCGUGUUCCGACACUACAAGGUCUUUGUAAUGACCUAAAAGUUAUUACUUACUAAGUUAGUAUUCAGGUCUUGUUUUUAGGUUACAACUUUACCUUGAGUAUUUACUGGUGAAUCUCUAUGUUAAAUGUGUUUAAUUACGGUACAGAAUAGACAUAACCAAGUAGGUAAGGUACAUUCGAGUAAUUUCAAAGGUAAAGAAAAUACUAAAUUGGCGGAUAACUUCGAGAAAAGACUCUUAUUAAAAUACGGAACAUGAGGUGAAAAAUUAUUUUUUGGGAUUACCCAAUGCUGAAAUUACCCGAAUACACUAGAAAAUUUUGCAUUUUUAUCAUUAGGCAUUUUUCUUAGUACCUUAGUAGUGGUAGGCACCUAUUCUACUAGAUGGCCGAUUUUUUUACUUGCUGUAAAAAAUUUUCUUACGUAUGUAUGACAUUUGGCUGGCUUAAAGAAAAUAAUUUUGAUCAAUUUAUGAUAGAAAAUAUUGUAUCUAUAUGAAUAUUACCUUGGCUAUAACAUCACCUGAUCAUGAUCAGAUAUACUGCUUAUUAG